ACACAUUGUUUUAAUUUUCGUAACAGUUGGCAUGAAUUGUUAGAAACAACACCUAUUACUAGUAACUAACAGUUGGUAGACAGGCAAUGAACAACGAUUUUCUAAAACUAUAGACACAUCAUCGUCAACCUUUUAAGUACCUACCUAGUUAUAUUCGUAGUUGGUUGGGUACAGAGAAAAAUGGUAAGUGGACGUUAGGGGAGAUGCUGAUGUUUGUUUAUAGUUUGUCUCUCUAAUGGCCGAAGAGCCACGGAUGAUAAAAGCUUUAUUUCCAAAAAUAAUAUAAAAUAUAUAAUAUCUCCUUAUGUACAAGACAUCUAUUUAAACAGGAAUGUGUAACACAAAUAAUUUUAGGUUUAAUUUUUGGAGAAAUAAAUCUGAAAACAGAACAAAGUAAAUAUUAAAAAUGAAUUAGCCUUUCCAUUUCUUUGGAGCACUUCGACGAGAGGUUGUGCUGUGGCCUUAAAUAACUUAAGACUUGGCUGUUUAAGGUUUAUUUCCUUUGUUUACGUAAAAAAACAAACACAAUGAUUAAACUUGGCGGGUAAAUUUGAUUUUACUAGUAAACAUUCUAAAGAAUUGGAGAUUGGAUUUUUUAAGUCUUCUUUUAUGAUAAAGUCCUAGAAAAUCUUUUUACUUAUGACGUUGGUAUUAAUUAUAUUAAAAAAUAAUAAUAAGUUUAAAAAUUAAAUAUGCCGGUGUUGACAGGUACUCAUGAAUAACUUGACAAAAACUUAUUUCAAAAAUGCAGUAAUGAAAUCUCGAGCUUCAUAAAUAGGAUUUAAACUAGCGCUGGAUUUUAUUUUUAGAAAACAAUGUCAUGAACCAAAACAGCGAAUGGCAGCAUUCGCUUGUAUUUAACCAGAACAAAAAUAUAUUAUCUUACAGCCUACGCGUACGCCAAACGCCAUUCGCCGACGACAAGGACACCACGUUCCGAGAUGAAAUCUUAUUUAUUAUGCAAUAAUACAGCUGUUUUACAGGUGUAUGUGAUUUAGAUUUCCAAGAACUCUAAGGAAUUCGAAGAACAUAAAAUGUUUCAGACUAUCAAUUCUAAAAUUGUACUACCAAUAAUAUUUGGUGUUGGAUCAGUGGUAGUCUUAGCAACUAUAAUAGCCAAUUGUCUAUGGGGAAAGAAAUCUAAAGGAUCUAGCAAAAAGUUAAUAACAUUAGUAGAUUCUAACGUAAAAUAUGCAUUACCGCUGAUAGAAAGGGAAGAAAUCAGUCAUGACACCAGGAGAUUCAGGCUGGGACUGCCGUCUCCUCAACAUGUAUUGGGAUUACCGAUCGGUCAACAUAUUCAUUUGUCUGCAAAAAUUAACGACGACCUAGUCAUAAGAGCAUACACGCCGGUGUCGAGCGAUGAGGAUAAAGGCUAUGUCGAUUUGGUUAUCAAGGUAUACUUUAAGAAUGUACAUCCGAAGUUUCCCGAGGGAGGGAAGCUGUCUCAGUACUUGAACAAUAUGAAGAUAAAUGAUACUAUAGAUGUCCGUGGACCGUCAGGGAGAUUGCAGUACACAGGAAACGGAACAUUCCUCAUUAAGAAAUUAAGAAAAGAUCCGCCUACAAAAGUUGUCGUCAAGAAAUUGAACUUGAUUGCAGGCGGUACUGGCAUAGCUCCAAUGCUUCAGCUGGUCCGACAUAUAUGCACUGACGUCAACGACCGCACCGAACUGAAGCUGCUAUUCGCGAACCAAAGCGAAGAUGACAUUCUACUUAGAGAUGAAUUAGAAAGAUACCAAAGGGAACAUCCUUCCCAAUUCCAAGUUUGGUACACGAUUGAUCGGCCAACGGAUGGUUGGAAAUACAGCUCCGGUUUCAUCAACGAUGAAAUGAUCCGCGACCAUUUGUUUCCGCCGUCCAACGAUGUUCUAGUACUGAUGUGCGGUCCACCGCCGAUGAUCAACUUCGCUUGCAACCCAGCUUUAGAUAAAUUAGGCUUUAAGCCAGACCAACGCUUUGCUUAUUAAAACUAUUAUUUACUAGUGGAGCGUAUUAUCAAGAGUACAAUCAAGAGUUUCUCAUUCCAAUCCACCAAGCUAGGACAACCGCUAUACAAAAAACUAAGACUUCGACUUCUCAAAGUGAUCGGUGGGUAUUCACUUAGUUGUAUCUCUGGGCGCCGGCUACCGCUUAAGAUAUUUUACGGAACCAAUAUAACAUAAUACAAUUGCUUGUUAGUGAUAAAUAUUAGUUAAUUGUACAGCAAUAUUGUUAUGUAAAACUAGCUGACCCGGCAGACUUCGUAGUGCCUCAAUCGAUAAAUAAAAGACCUAAACUUUUGUAUAAAAUAAACUUAAAACAAACAAAGGAAUCCGUCCGACGGGGUACACAUCAAAGGAAAAACAAAAUUGUUAUUUUUAUUUAAUUCCGGGCAUUUUCAUAUUUAUUUACCUUUUAAACCCUCUCUGGACUUCACAAAUCAUUCAAGACCAAAAUUAGCCAAAUCGGUCCAGCCGUAUUCGAGUUUUAGCGAGACUAACGAACAGCAAUUCAUUUUUAUAUAUAUAGAUAAAGCCAAAAAUGCCUACAAAAACUAAACAAUUUCGCAAAAAAACCUUACAGAUAAAAUUUUAGAUAAUAAAAUAGGACGUGAUCGAACAAAUUCAUCUUGAUAUUGAAUUUUUUUAAAUGAAAAUUUGCCUUUAACUUCAAUUUGAAUUGUCGCAGGAAUAUAAAAUAUGUUUAAUUGUGUUACAAAUAAAUAUUGUUUUUUGUUUUUAUCAAAAAUUAUAAUCAAAAUUUUUGUUUUUGGAUUAAUUUGAAUAGUUUUUUUUUAAAUACCAUUUGUCUUGCUUUUACAGCAUUUAUCAAUUUAUCAAUAAUUAAUGUAACAAGAAAUGGGUAUAGAUAAUAAGGAUGGCGAAUACAGUAUUUUACAAAUUUAUAUGACGUGUACUUUUAGAGUUUGUGUAAUAAAACAAUUGUUAUUGAAA